AUGAUCCACAACACACCAGAGCGACUCCUCGCGCAUGAGUUCACCCGCGGGCAUACUCAAUUUGGUGCUUAUCGCGCAACGGAUAAAAAGUAUGGCUGGGAACGUAUCGUUGCGCUUGCUGAAAGCGACAACGCUCAAACUGAUGCUAUCAAGUCACUUGCUGUCAUAAAUGCUGCUCUCCAAGACAACAAGCGCUAG